GAUUCAUUAAGUCUUGUUCUCACUUCGGACGACCAUUAGAAUUAUUACACCUGAGAAGUUCAGUCCUGCUAUUUCUCCUCACUCCACUCGCUCACUACAAUGGCCGCUGCAGGAAACGUCACCCUGAUCGGUCUCCGUGCGAUGUUCUAUGGUUUGAUGCCCGAGGAGACUUACGUGCAGAGUCUCAAGGAUGUGCCUGACGUGUUGUUGUGGGCGCGUCCUUACUUCCUGCUGCUCAUCUUCCUGGACCUGGUGGUGAUGGCGGUGGUGGGCGACAAGAACUUUCGCUUCAAUAUAGCUCUCAUUAACGUCACUGUGGGAUACACUUCUGAGGCUUUCUUUAGGUUUGUGUCCCGUGGCUUGGAGUUGACUGCUUAUCUUUGGAUCUACCACCACCACCACCUCCUCAGUCUGCCCUUCGACUCCAUCACCACCUACGUGAUGUGCGUGAUUGGUGUGGACUUCUGCACGUAUUGGUGGCAUAGGAUGGUGCACGAGAUCUCCUUCAUGUGGGCGGCCCAUUACCUCCACCACAGCUGCGAGGACCUCAACACGGCAGUGGCUGCUCGGAUAUCAAUCACCAUGUUACCCUUCAAGUGGAUGUACUACAUUCCCCUUGCCUUCCUGGGCGUGCCUCCUCCUCUAUACAUCUUUCACAGUCACCUGAAUCUAAUGUCCACAGUUUGGACUCACAGCAGCUUGUGGCCAAAGAUGCACAAGAUCCUUCCUGUCCUUGGCCACUUCAUCGAGUUUGUCUUCGUCACCCCCAGUCACCAUCGCGUCCACCAUGCCGCUAACCAGUACUGCAUCGACAAGAACUUUGGGGCCUUCCUGAUCGUGUGGGACCGCCUGUUUGGAACGUUCGCCGAGGAGAGAGAGGAUGAGGAGCUCGUGUAUGGAGUCAUUGACCAGAAGGACACCAACCACUUCAUCAGUCUUGAGAUCGAUCCCUGGCAGGCGCUGUGGGAACGGUUCGCCGCCGCCAAGACCUCCGGGGACAAGCUGAGGACCCUGAUAUACGGCCCAGGGUGGUCCCCAGGGCAGCCCCGCCUUGGGAACCCUGACGAGAUCCCUGAUGUGCGCGGCAGGAAGAAGCACCAGUUUGAAUCCUCCACCGUGGUGAGCCUGUACGUGACUUUGCACUGCCUCCUCCUCAUGGUUGGCAUCGAUGACAUGAGUACAAGAAUGUCGACAGUCAGCAGGGAUCUGGGGCUGCUACACUUCGCCUACCUGUUCCUCUCUAGCGGCUCCCUGGGCUGGAUAUUCACAGCUCACCGCGGCUUCUUGUGGCUGGAACCAGUACGCCUCCUUGUGUCGCUGUCCUUGUGUCACCUGCUGCCUCUCUUCGCCUGGCGCCCCGUCGUCACUGCCCUCACCAUCACCAACACCGCCAGUCUGCUCCUGUGGCCGCUCGUCAGGACACAGGUGCUCCAGCUGGCUGACAGGAAGGAAAAGAAGGCAGAAUAGUUUAUCUUGCUUGUCAGAAUACGUGUGACAGGAAACAAGGAAGGUCACGUCGAUCAUUUACUUUGACCUUAGGUGCUUAUGAAUUGACCCUUUGCCGUUCAGUUUUAUGAGUCAUUUGAUUAACCGACACUGAAGUCCUAAAUGGCAGUAAUGUAAUGCGUUCGUGUCUUGACUGGCCGCCACCUCUUGGUCUGCUGUGGCCUGUGUAUCAUGUAGCCUUAGUAGUGAGAGAGAGAGAGAGAGAGAGAGAGAGAGAGAGAGAGAGAGAGAGAUGGGGGGGGAGGGAGAGAAUAAUGUACCAGGUCGUUUCUAUCUCAAGCUACGUCAUUUCGUUAGUAUAGAAUAAUGAGAGAGAGAGAGAGAGAGAGAGAGAGAGAGAGAGAAUUUAUGCACGUCUCUAUGUGAUGUAUCCAUGCCAUAUAGGUAAAACAAACAA